UACCUGGCUACUCUCACCUUCCCAAAAGGAGGAGGAUGAGGGGAAGAGGGAGGGCUAAUGCGCCGUGAUGAAGUCAAUAAAUAAGGGAAGUGGAGACAACUCGAGUCAUUGGAUGUUCCGCAUUUCACGUUUAACGUCCCAACAUGUGUUUGUGUACAGUCGUGCUUUACAGUGGUGGUCCUGUAGAGAGCGGUAGAUAGUUUUAAUAAGUGGUUACACAGCAGAGCGCUCCCCUUACUGUACUGUGCAUAAGCGGAGGGAGGAGCGAGCGUGUAGUAUUGAUUUUUUAGGUUCUUUCCCUCCUGUCGUUGCAGCCCGUCCAAACGCAACUGGAAGGCAGCAAAAAGGGGAACAAACUCCUCAUUUCCACGCAAAAGCUUUGCAGGAAGGAGCUCGGGGAGCUGUGGGAAGAGGGAGAUAAUUAGAUAGUACGAGGCGCCGCAGCUUAGAGGAGGACUGGGCACGGAGUGAGGGGACUCAGCGCUGCCGCUACACUUGUGCAGAAACCGGAGGAGCCCCGCUGACUUUCUCCCGCUUCAUUUCCGCCUUAAUGCCACAAUAUCCAACCGAAACUGGUGUCCAGACCGCGUGGGAGUAACCGACGAAUUCCAUGAGACGUACUUUGGGAUAAAGGCUGGGAUCAAAAAGAAACGACACUGAAGUGAAGACACCUGACCACCAAGGGCAGGGACAACGCAUGAGGCCUGGGAAGAUCAUUAACUGCACACAAACACACACAUAUAACUGGCUGGAUCCUACUCCAUCCUCCGUAUCCCUGAGUGAUAUCCACCUCCAGCCCCGGACCCCGGGCCUGUUGAUAUACACCAACAAGACCUCCAACAUCUUCCAUAUCUCCAUUUUCACACCAAGCUGCACCACUCCAACCUCACAGGGGGUUGAUUCCUUCUGAAGACCCCCUUCCUCCCAAAACCCCAGGGACGGGACCCUGUCAUGUUUCACUGACUGACCCCUCCCGACCGGCGAAUGACAAGUGUGCAUCCGAGGGUGGGGCUUGCCUCAGUCUCUCAUGAUUGGCUGCUGGAUGGAAUUAAGGUGAAUGGAACACGUUCCUGAGGAGCAAGACCCUAACCCAUCAGAGGGAGAAGAGAAACGGUGGCUCAAUGGCCCGAAAAGGAAGAGGAAAAACAGCCAAUGUUCGGUGAAGAGUAUGACUG